CGCAAUUUCAUAUAUCAAAUGCUCUUCAAAUGCCAACAAAUAUACUACCGGAACUGCUAUAUACAGAGCAGGAGAAGAUGAAUUUGUAGAAUACAAAUUCAAAGCGUUCCGCUCUGAAUUAAUUGAGGAAAUUUGGGAAAAAACUAUUGCAUCAAUUAUUGGAAGAUUUGCGAUAGAAAAUGAUGAACUAAAUAUAACAGUUAAUCAGUAUAUCCCUUUAAAUAUCUCUGCACUUGGUGACGAACUUAUGAUUUACGACCUCCCAGUUGCUCCAGCAUUCGGAAUAUUUACAGCACCAGUACAAGAUCCAGCUGUAACAGAAAAUGAUCAAGGAAUUUUUAGAUUAAAAAGAGAUGUGUACAAUGGAGUAACAGGAAAACAAUCUCAAAUGUCAAUUCUAUGUAAAUACCCUCUUCAUAACCGGCAUGCCAACGUAGCCGAAGCAACAACACGAAGACCAAUUUUUUCCGUAGGUGGAGAGCUCAUACCACUUACAAAUUCAGCUUUCAUUCUUUGUGAAACUAUAGAAUGGAAUUAUCCUCUUUUCUCGCCUACAUCUCAAUCAACCUCUAAAGUAAAUGCCUAUUCAAAACAACCUAAUAAACGCAAGAGACAAGAACUUGAAC